GGAUGACAGUCUUGGUAAUGGAAUAUCAAGAGGCCAGAUAGUUCCCCGAACUCCAGGGUCAUUGCUUCGCCAGUCCUUUACUCCACAAACACGAGGUUCCACAAAGCAGCUAGAUAUGUCUACCAUCCUGGGAACAGGAGGGAAAUCGCCUCAAUUUACGCAUACUCCUGGAUUCUUCGGCCAUCUGUCUAUGUUGGAUGACAGCAAUUGGACAGCUGCACUCACACCUCAGCAUACAGGAAUGUACACAAACCUAGACUUGUCCAAUGUGACAGAGGAUGUCACCAUGAGUGCUGUUCUGUUGCGUGAGGAUGAUCCCGGAGAAGCUGCUACUAUGAGUAUGUACUCAGAUUUUCUGCAUUCGUUUUUGAAGCACACUUCAACUACCGUUUUUGAACUUGUAGAAGAGUAUGAGAAUACUUGUAAUAACCAGGUGAAUAUACUGGGGAAAAUAGUUUACCGAGCGACUCCUGGACAGCAGAAGUUUUCAAAGACUGCCAGUGUUCUGUGGCUUCUCAAGCAAGAGAUGGUAACCUGGAGACUACUGUCCUCACUUUACAGAGAUAGAAUACAGUCUGCCCUGGAAGAUGAAACAAUGUUUGAAAUUGCGGUUCUAAAUGCUAGCGAAAAGACGGCUGUAGGCAUCUUGUUUCAGAAAGACUCAUUGGUUCGACAAAGCCAGCUGGUGGUAGAUUGGUUAGAGAGUAUUGCCAAGGAUGAAAUUGGAGAUUUCUCUGACAACAUUGAGUUCUAUGCAAAAUCUGUAUAUUGGGAGAAUACUCUACAUAUUUUGAAGCAGCGACAGUUCAGCACAUACAUUGGAAGUACUCGUCCCCUGGUAACUGAACUAGACCCAGAUGCCCCCAUAAGACAGAAAAUGCCACUCGAUGAUUUGGAUCGAGAAGAUGAUGCCAGGUUACUCAAGUACCUAUUCACUCUUAUCAGAGCUGGGAUGACGGAUGAAGCACAACGCCUGUGCAAACGAUGUGGUCAGGCCUGGAGAGCUGCAACUCUUGAAGGGUGGAAACUGUAUCAUGAUCCGAACGUAAAUGGAGGAACAGAGCUGGAACCAGUGGAAGGGAAUCCAUAUAGAUGCAUUUGGAAAAUCAGUUGUUGGCGAAUGGCAGAAGAUGAGCAGUUUAAUAGAUAUGAGAGAGCAAUCUACGCAGCACUCAGUGGGAACCUCAAACAGCUUCUUCCAGUUUGUGAUACCUGGGAAGAUACAGUCUGGGCAUAUUUCCGGGUCAUGGUGGAUUCGCUGGUAGAGCAGGAAAUCCGUACAUCAGUAAUGACCUCAGAGGAACUGGAAGAGCUUCCUAGAGAGUAUUUAGAAACAAACUGGACUUUAGAAAAGGUUUUUGAAGAACUCCAGGCUACAGACAAAAAGAGAGUUUUAGAGGAGAACCAAGAACACUAUCAUGUGAUUCAGAAGUUCAUUAUUUUGGGAGAUGUGGAUGGCUUGAUGGAUGAAUUUAACAAAUGGCUUUCCAAAGACAGAAGUGUGCUCCCAGGGCACCUCCUUCGGUUCAUGACGCAUCUUAUUCUGUUUUUCCGCACUGUGGGACUGCAGACAAAGGAGGAAGUCUCUGUUGAAAUCUUAAAGACCUACAUUCAGGAAGAUCGCUUGAAGAUUGAUGUGAUUGACUGGCUAGUAUUUGAUCCUGCACAGAGGGCUGAAGCACUUAAGCAAAGCAAUGCUAUAAUGAGGAAGUUCUUGGCAUCCAAGAAACAUGAAGCAGCAAAAGAUGUGUUUGUGAAGAUUCCACAAGAUUCCAUAGCAGAAAUAUACAAUCAAUGGGAGGAACAAGGAAUGGAUAGUCCGCUUCCAGCUGAAGAUGACAAUGCUAUAAGAGAGCAUUUAUGUAUCAGAGCAUACCUGGAAGCCCAUGAAACGUUCAAUGAGUGGUUUAAACACAUGAACUCAGCUCCACAGAAGCCUACUUUACUGCCACAAGCAAGCUUCACUGAGAGAGUGGCCCAUGAACAUAAAGAGAAGAAGUAUGAGAUGGAUUAUGGUAUUUGGAAAGGUCUCUUGGAUGCUGUAACAGCUGAUGUGAAAGAGAAAAUGUACAAUGUCUUGCUAUUUGUUGAUGGAGGAUGGAUGGUUGAUGUCAGAGAGGAUGCUGAAGAUGACCCUGAACGAACACAUCAGAUGAUCUUGCUGCGAAAACUGUGCCUGCCUAUGAUUUGCUUUCUACUUCAUACGGUUUUACACAGCACCAGACAGUACCAGGAAUGCCUGAGACUCGCUGAUGUGGUUGCUUCAGAGCGACACAAGCUCUAUGUGGUGUUUUCUAAGGAAGAACUCAGAAAGCUGCUACAGAAGCUGAGGGAGUCUUCUCUAAUGCUUUUGGACCAGGGUCUUGAUCCUCUGGGAUAUGAAAUUCAAUCGUAGUUCUACCAUUCUAGUAUUGACAGGAACUUUUGAAUGGCACUAUGAAUGGGAAGUCUGGACAUCCUGUUCUGUUUGAAAAAUACAUGAACUUUUGGGGUAAUAAUGUCUUUUGUAAAAUUAAACUCAGAUUUGAAUAUCUGUAAUUGAAAAAUGCUGACUAAAUACUUGAUGCAAGUU